GCACUCCGCAGGGCGGGAGGAGAGAGCUCGGCACCGCGCGGGACGGGGAAGUGUAGCCGACUGUCGAACGGAACGUAACGAACCGACGACAAAGUACAACUAAAAACAGUUGAACACUCAACUGCGGUGUGGUUGCGUGCGUUUUUUGUUUCUGGAAUGUGCGUUCAUACGAUAGACAUUUACGGCCAAUUUGUGUUAUAAAUAAAACAUAAUCGUGUCAAAAAUUGUUUUAGAAUCAUAGGAAAAUAGUUUAUUUCGCAUCGGAGUGUUAGUGAGGACGAGUGACGACAUAGAAGGUGUAUGUGAGUGUGUGUGUGUCGUGGCGUGGAUCGUCGCGCAAAUAUUAACGAUGAUUCACUUGCGCGCGGGUGAAAUGCAGCCUAUCGGACUUGUUGACAUAUGUUCAGGAGGCGUAAACAAAUGAUAAUACCGAGAUAUCAUGGUGGACUAAUUCAUUCUUACGCGGCCGGUACUCAAGUCGCGGGCAAGAUGCCGUUGACACAAGAGAAACGUUUGGACUCAAAUUUUUCCAACAACAAUGACCAGAGCUACCUUCACAAGAAGUUUAAGAAGGCUUCUACGGUGCUUCCAGUGAAAGUCGAGGAAAGUAGGCAGUUGGAGACAAGUCUGGCACAAAUAGGGUGUAAUACAUCUAUUCCUAACGGCAGUAUUGCAUCUACGGACCCAGAAAUAAAUGUAAUAAGAGAAAACCAUACUAUACAGAACACUGGAUUGGAAAAUAAUGUACAAACUAAUGAUAGAGAUGAUAAUAGUAGAUUAAGUGAUGUUAGUAAUUUUGUUCAAGCAACUGGUAAAACCAGUUUUGCAGAUGAAUUUUUAAACAAGACUGAAAACCUCGAAAACGAUUUUAUAAAAGAAGCUUAUAACAGUGGCGGAACAGGGCGAUAUGUUUGCCCAUAUUGUAAGUUAUCAUGUGCCAAGCCUUCAGUUCUUCAGAAACAUAUCAGAGCUCAUACAAAUGAAAGACCUUACCCGUGUAAGCCAUGCGGAUUUGCAUUCAAAACAAAAUCAAAUCUCUAUAAGCAUAGGAGAUCAAGGACACAUGCUCUUAGAUUACAGGGUGCUGAUAUUUCAUCCGUUGUAAAUGAAGAGGACUUAUCAGGUGGAUCCGAAAGUGACACCUCGACUCCUCCUAUAAUACAGACAGAAACAAGCUUGGAAACUGCAGUGCCAAGGCAGGAAUAUAGUAGACCCAAUGAUUUUUCUUCGCCAGAAUUAAAUAGUGAUCACAACAAUUCUUUCGUAAAUUCCUUGUCCAAUUAUAAUGACAACCCAAAAUCAAAGGGAAUUUAUAAACCUAAGUUCAGGGCGACACUGUAUCAAGGUAACGAAGAGAAAGAGAGAAUUAAAAAGAGUAUUUCUCACAAUCCUGACUUUCUUACAGAACAUAUCUCAAAAAUUAUAUCAGAUAAUGAGGCUAUUGUUGAUGUCAUUGAAACACCGUUACAAAAAAAGUAUGGAAAAAUAAAACAAAUAGCAGAAAGUAAACAAUUAUUGAAUGAGAUGGAAAAUAAAUCAGAGGCAACUCCCUUAAACUUAACUAAAACCAGCGCAGAAAAAGAAUAUGUUUGCAGAAAAAGAUCUCAUUCUGAAACAUUUGCUCAUAUAAUUAACGAAGAACAAAAACACCCACUUAACCCCGAGGGUUCAAUCAUUAAGGAUUUACUGUUAAAAACAAAAGCAAAUGGCCUGAGUUCCAGUAAUAAUGAAGUAUUGGUAGAAGGCUUAGGUCCAUUAUACGUUUGUCCUUUAUGCCAAAUAGUAUACAGAAGUGCAGAAAAUUUAGAAGCCCAUAAACUAAAUUAUUGCAAAGGGUAUGCAGGAGCUACAAACUUUCAAAACGAGCCUAGGCCUCACAGACCUGAAAAUGUGUUUGUAAGAAGUAAUUCGAUAAAUGUAAAAAUGCCAGAAACUCACAUUUCUAGAACAAGUUCAAUGUCCAAAUCUCCACCAUUAAGAAAUAAACCAGACAACCUUGUUAUAUUGAAAACUGAGUGUAAUGAUGUAAUCGCACCGUUGCCGUCACCCGGUCCUCUCUUAGGAAAUACAAGACUUGUUGACACCAGAAUCCCUGGAGAGAUGAAUAGAAAGUGUGAUGCUAUUAAAAUAAAAUCGAAAGACUGCAGUCCGAAAAGAAGACUUGAAAGUAGGUCUGAAACUUUUAGUCCAAGGGCAUUAGAUAAUAUGUCUCCUAGGUCGGCUGAUUUAUAUUCUCAAUCAAAACUGAGAUGUUUAGAUUCAAGUCCGGUAUCGCUUAGAUCACUCGAAGAAAUGUCGCAACAUAUGAGGCAUAAUUCUACAUCUCUACAAAUGUUUGGAGGUGAGGUAAAAAUUGUGGAUCAUUUGGGCAGCACUACUACGCUUAGAAUAGAGCCAAGUAAGAGCCAAUUAUCACCGAUUAUCAUUCAACAAAAUUUAUCGCCAUCGAAAUACGCCAAUGACCCAGAAGCAAGCAGUAUUGUAGUUCGUUCGGGAUUGCAUUCUGGCGGGACAAUAGUACAUAAUCCACCUACACCAAAAGAAACAAGCACACCCCAAGUACAAACGCCAAGAUCUACCCCCAAUAUGCAUUCUGCAAACUUUUUGAGUAUUCACGACUUCUCCCAUUUCCAAUUCCCGCCUCUUAGCGCUAUAACAGCGUAUAAUCCCUUAACUUUACCACCGCUUAGUCCCACAUCGUCUCCAAAUGGGACAUCUACUAUAUUGCAUGGUGGUAAACUGAUACCUCACGUACCUGGUAUCCCUGGUCCAAAUACUUCUAGUUUAUUUGUUCCCAGCCCGUCUGGAACUAAAAACGAAACAUUUAAAUCUGUUACGAAACAAAUAUCAGAGGCUUCACGUGACAUGCUGUCGCCAUCAACCAUACCGGGAAGGGGAAGUUCUGAAUCAUAUGAGAGAGGACGGAAAUCAAAAAGCCCAAAUGUGAGAGUAGUAGACUCAGAAAAGUUUACUCAAAACAAACUCAAUUCAGAAGUUAAACAUGUUUCUACUAUACCUCUAAUAAAAAUCAAGAAUGUCGACGAACCAAGUAUAAGCUCGAUAUCGCCUAACAAUAAUUCAAAAACUGUGAUUACCAAACCGGAUGCUGCGCUGAAAAGAAAUGCAGACGGAUUACUACGAUCAGCUGUAGUAAAAGAAAAUAAUAGUUAUCAGGUGAAUAAAUUUAGAAAUAAAGAACUAAACCUGUCGUCAACAAGAACAGUUACAGAACUAAAAUCAGAAAAUGAUAUCAAAAAUUUCAACUUUGAAAAUUUAAUAACCAAAGCAGAAAUCUAUAAUAAUCAAAUGCAAACUUCUGGAGAAGUACAGAAACAUCAUAAUGCUAAUGAAACAUCAGUGUCUUCGCCACAGAAUGAGAGAUCAGAAACAUCUUACUUCCAAAAGAAUGUCGUAACCAAAACUUCUACCGAGGAUAGAAAGCCGAAGUUUUUACGGCCAUCAACGUUGCCCUUAAAACCUGGUACUUUUACGCCAAAACGGCACCACGGUAUAACACCAAACGCUAAUACAAUGCCAUUAGUAUCACCGGAAACUCCGAGACCAGCAAAAGCUUAUGGUCAGUUAUAUUUAAAUGGAAAUGCAUACACGUACUUAGGACUAAAGUGCUCCACUAAGGUGUUUUACUGUACUAUCAACCGUCCGCAGCCGACUUAUGUUCCGAAUCAACAUUUUCUUUCAAUGUACAGCAACUGGCAGUUAUUAUCAGAUCUGACGCCGGAUCCGCUCGGUUUGUCAGCAUCGUCUGCAAUGUCCUUAUAUGACUCACGGCAUCGACCACAAAAUGUAGCCAUGUCUGUUAUUAAACAAGAUCUUAUAUUGACUCAUUCUUCACAAUGGAAAGCCACUAAGGAUUUAAAACAGACUGUACAUACUUUGGAUGCUAAAUCUGAUGACCCGAAAAAUAUGUCAGAUAAUAAUUUACCCAAGAAGGAGUUAGCGGGAGGCUUUGAAAGCAAUGAGGAAUAUACGUACGUACGUGGUCGCGGCAGGGGGCGUUAUGUUUGUUCAGAAUGUGGUAUUCGCUGCAAAAAACCAUCCAUGUUAAAGAAACAUAUACGCACUCAUACAGACGUACGACCUUACACAUGUAUCCACUGUGUUUUCAGCUUUAAGACGAAGGGUAAUCUUACGAAGCACAUGAAGAGUAAAGCGCACUACAAGAAAUGUUGCGAAUUGGGAAUAAAUCCAAAUGAAGGCAAUGAUGGUGAAAAUAUGGAAAUGGCCCAGUGUUCCGGAGAAACUGACGACGAGACCGAUUCUGAUGGCGACGAGGGAAAUGAAGGAGAAACAGAAUCAAGCGAUACGGAAAUAUAUAAAUCGCGGCUUCCCGAACACGAGGCAGCGCAUUGUUUACUGUCAUUGGGCGGAAAUAGACCAGCAACUUCAGCGACGCCUGGACUCAUAACCAGUGCUAGACCAACGACUUACCCUUACACGCCUAUCGUUAUGACAGAUUCAGUCAUAACCGAGACACCCUUGGAUAACUCACAGUCGCUAAGGCCUAAUGCGAUCGAUGCCAGGAUAGAUCCUGAUAACGAACCGAUGGAUUUAAGUAAAAGCGACGUGAAAGUGAGUAGCAACAUGUCAGAAAUACCGACGGCUAGAGAAUCUAGUGUCCUCGCAUCCUUAGCCUCGAACACAGCAAAGUUACCGCAACAGCAAAGUCAAUGGGCGAACGGUGAACCGAUGCUCCAUACUUAUUUGACCGAACGAGCCUUGCUAGACACGAAAAUCAAACAAAGUCAACUUACAAGUAAUUUAAACAAGUUGAGAAAAAUUGAGUUGGAAAGUUCAAAUUAUGAAGAAAACAAAAGCAAGGAAACCGUCCUCAAUAGUGUCAGCAUAUCAAAACCCGCAAUAGAAAAUAUUAAAAGCAAACCAAUAGUGCCAGUCGAAAGUAUAAAGUCCAACGAGUCCUUACAAAUCUCAACAUCAAUUGUUAGUGAAACUAAACGAGCCCGGACGCCGAAUAAUCCGAAUGCUGAAAAUGCAAAACAUGUAGUUUCCGAAUAUUUGAAACAGGCACGAAUAAAUCAUAUGAAGACACACGAGGAUUCUCUAUCUAAUCAUCAUAUAGAUAUGUCCAGUGACGAAAGUAAUUGCGGUAAACCGUAUUUAGAAGAUAAAAAACUAGAAGACGGGGUCGACUGUAAUAUCACAAAGCCGGCAUCUUCCGAAUACGAUUCGGUGGCAUCCAAAGUCGUUAUCGGCAUGGGAGGGGUAGCUUUUAAGGUGAAAGGGAAAGACUUCGAAGGAACGUCAUACUCCCCUGGGAAACUCAUGGAGGAUGGACGUAAAGUAUGCGAUUUCUGCAACAAAACAUUUACGAAGCCUUCACAAUUGAGAUUACAUCUCAACAUCCACUACAUGGAGAGACCUUUCCGGUGUAGCGUAUGCGCGGUCAGCUUCCGAACGAGAGGACAUUUACAAAAACACGAACGAUCGGGCUCGCAUCAUAAUAAAGUUUCAAUGACAUCGGCGUUCGGCGCCGCUACGACGUUCAAUCCUAGACCCUUCAGGUGUUCCGACUGCAACAUCGCCUUCCGAAUACACGGGCACCUAGCGAAACACCUCAGAAGCAAAAUGCACGUGAUGAGACUCGAGUGUCUUUUCAAACUACCGUUCGGAACGUUCACGGAAAUCGAGCGGGCCGGUCUGAGUUUAACGGAUAUCGAUACGACGGACUGUGCCAGUUCGUUGGCGAGCUUGCAGUCGUUAGCGCAGAAGCUGCACGAGAAGGAUCCGUCCAAACUGGAGUAUAGGGAGCCGAGCGCGUUGAUGACUUCCGGGAGGGAAUCCUCCGAGGACGAGGAAGCGUCCGUCGGUGCGAUGAGUUCGGAAAAGGGUGACAAUGUGAGAGACAGUGACAUGAAGACUAUCGGAGGUAGUGAAAUUCAAGAAACAGAGACGAGAGUUAUUUAUAGUGCCACAGAUAAUUAGUGCCAAAAGUAACUUAAGUAGUAUGUUAUUUUAAUGUGCAAUUUUGUUAUUAUUGUUUAUACCGUUUAAGGUCUAUCGUUCGGCCUGGGCUUUAACCCAGUGGGGUGUGAAAACGAAAUCGUUCGCUUUAAUUAUAUCGUAUGAGUGAAAAUUUUCAAAAAUUAUGUGACAUUCUGUAUCUUGUAUAUAACUCAAAUUGAUAUCUUAACAUAAUUUUAACAUUAUUGUUAUAUUCGCUUCCAGUAUAGGGGUUACUUAUUGUUAUUCGGAUAGCUCUUUUAAUUUUAAUAGGAUAUUAAAUUUGUUAAAUAUUCUUAUAUUUGUAAAAAGUGCAAAACGAAACUUGCGAUAAAACAUUUUCAUUAAAUGGGUAUGGUCCACAACUAAGAUAAAGAAUGCUUAAGAUAUCAACGAAACAUAUUACAAGUAUAAAUUGUAGUAAAGUCUUGAUAGAGUCUAUAUUAAGCCCUUUUGUAUGUAUUUUUGUAAAAUAUAUACUUACUAUAUUGUAUUUACACUGAGUAACUUCUACUUCCAAAAAUUCUUUAUCUUUUAAAGUAAUUGGCAUAUCAAUUUCCGUAAACGAAUAGUAGGUAAAAGUAAUCCUUGAAGAGUCUUCCAUAUCGAAAAAUAGUACUUGUGCUAGAUGUUUGUUUUAUAUGUUACUCUUCACUUGGGUAAAUAUUUGUACAAUUUGUAGAUAUUUUCAAAGAAUUUAGAUUUAUAUAAAUAUUAACGUAAUAAUAAUGUAAAAUAUGUUACAAUGUAAGCCUCCUUUGCCUAAAUAUUUUAUAUAUACAUAUUUUUGUUGUAGUAAGAUUGUUGUCAUUAUUGUAGUCAUAGAUUUAUGAUGGUUUUUGCCACCGUUACAACCGAUUGAAUAAUAUAAUCUAUGAUUGUAGCAUUUCAAACAGUUAGUAAAACUAAUUUAAAGUCAA